AUGGAGCUGUUUGUUGAGCCUAGUACGCGACAGCGUCGCCCACGAGUAGAGAGAGGCCGGUCACGGAACGGAUGUCAGACUUGCCUGAGCAAACGCGUUAAGUGUGAUGAGCAACAUCCGCACUGCAAGCGAUGCGUCCGGCUUGGUCUGACAUGCGAGUGGGGACGGGGAAAGCAGCCUGUGGCAGCGAGGAGAAGGGGGCUGGGUCCGAUCAAACAUCGCGACAGUAGUCGCUGGGCGCCUCCUUCGAUUCAGCCACGACAGGGGGAUGAACUCAAUCAGGGCUAUAUUGGGACUGACUCACCAGCUUUGACACAAUCGGCAAUGGAGUCCUCAAUGAAUGCAUCAGAGUCUGUUGUGAACAGUCACGAUCAAGAGGGGCUUUCUAUUUACCCAUAUUCUGAGUCUAUUAGCGACUUGCAAUUCGACUCAUUGGACAAUUCCGGUCCAAGCUCACUGUUAUCCAUAAUUACCCGACACCGCCUGUCUUCUGUCGAAUCAUCAACCUUAAGCGUGCCCAGCUGGCUGAUCGCAGCCACACCUCUCCUUUUGGCUGACCCCUUCACCGGCCCAUCUAUUGGUAGUAGCGACACAGAAGCCGUCUCCUUUCAUCGAAGUGUCUUUGCAUCCUUGAAGUCUUCUCGUCCACCGUCAUUAUCAGCACAUUCGCUGUUCCUCGAUCACGCGUGGGACAAAAAGAUGGCCUUCCAUUUCUUACUUGCCCUCUCUCAUAGCGAGCUCGCCAUUCAUUUUGGGUAUGGAGCCCGCCCGACACCAGAGUCAUGUCUUCAUUUGCAGCGAGGGUCUGAGCUCCUUGUCCAGGCACGUAACCCCGUCGCACCCACCGAUCAUCUAGAGCUGCUGCUUUCAUUCUUGUACAUCUUCAUGUUCUGGAUGCGACGAGAACGACUUUCACCAUUGAAGCUCCGGGCUUUAAGUGCCACUGUGCUUGCGUACAUUCGAGAAUUUGAUCUACUUCAUGUCUGCACCAGCGACGAGAUACACUCGCUACCAGAGCCCAGCACAAACGCGGUGCCAUACAAAGUCCUGCUAUCACGCGUUCUCAUUUACCUCUAUGACAGAGAUGGAUUUUGCAGCUUUUUCGGGUGCGGGGGCUUGUUGGCCUCAUAUCUGAGCGCCGAUUCAGAACGGCUACGGAAGAUUUGGCGCCUGUCACGCACAGCCUUUCUUUGGAACAAUGCUCAGGACCAGUCAUCUCCAAGCUCAGAAGCAUCAUUCCAUGAAGUCGACGAAGCAGCCACGUUACAUGUCUACUUCGAAAUGAUUGGGCUUCAUCACGAGAUCAAUCGCUAUAGCCAAAGUGACGAACCAGAUCUUGCCGUCCAAGGCCAAAUUCAGCGCCACCUGGGACAGAUUCGAAAGGAGCAUGCAUCUCUCUUCAACAUCGUAGCUGAUGGAAACGACCCCUCUCUGAUGGCCAUGGUCACAGUCACGCAUUUCCAUGCCCUGCGUAUCUACUCAAACCGUAGCCGGGCUUCUGCCUGGGGAAGCAAGCCGAUUCCGACUGAGGUCCAGUCCGCAAUGACUGAUCUUGUUACGACCUUGCACUAUACUAUUUCCCGAGGAAACCAUGUGCAGCUCAUGGAACGAUUUCAAUGGUCUUUAUUAAUUCUGGGGAUCGAGACACAGGACCCGGUGCAUUGGGAGUGGGUGGAUCGGAACAUCUCCGAUGUAGCCAUUCGGGAAGCCUUUUCUCUCAUCUUGGCGGCAAAGCGACGAUCUGGCGGAUGUAUCCCCAUGACUCUUGUUCGGCAAUUGAUUUGUUGCGGGAUAACGGGGGACUGAUAUGCAUUAGUUGGGUCGUUCGUCUACCAGUAAACGCU